UCGUUUAUUCUAGAUUUCUAGUGUCCGUAAAAAUCGGCCGCAAAAGUAAAAUUGACAAAGCCGGUAUAAGCUUGUAAUAACCCUUCUCAUAAACCCUAAAGAGUUCAGUCAAUUAGGGUUUUUCUUCUUCAUCAAUGGGGCAACAAGAACACGAAGACUCACAAAGCUUGACGAGCGACAUAGACAUAUGUCAACAGCUCCUCACUCGCUACUCCAAGUCCUCCGCCGCGCAGCACCGCCACCUCUGCGCCACCGCGGCGGCCACGCGCGCCAUCAUUCUCUCCGAGUCUCUCCCACUCUCUCCUCUCUCGUACUUCGCUGCAACGAUUGACGCUAUCUCAGACACGUCGAGGAAGCUCGACGCCUAUGCGAUUGCGGCGCUGUCGUCGUUUUUGUCGCUCGUGUUGCCGUUGGUACCGGCGAAGGCGAUUGCGGAGGAGAAGGCGAGUGGUGCGGUGAAGGUGCUGGUGGAGUUUGUGCAGAAGCCGAGUGUUGGGAGCUUGGCGCCCAGUGUGAGAGCGGUGGUUAGGUGUGUGGGGGUUCUGUUAGGGUUUUGUGAUUUAACGGAGUGGAAUGAGGUGAAAUUGGGGUUCGAGAUGCUAGUGAACUUCUCGAUCGAUAGACGUCCCAAGGUUCGUAAAUGCGCUCAAGAUUGUGUUGUGAAUGUUUUGAAAGCAUUUGAGUCUUCUACUGUAAAACACAAGGCCAGCAAAUCUGUGCUGUCUUUGUUUAAAACUUGCAUGAAAACAGUGGGUGAUCUAUCUGCUGCAAAAUCGUUGAAUGGAUCAAAAGACAAGUCGCCAAAAUCAGAACAACUUGACCUACUGCAUAUGUUGAACUUACUGAAACAUCUGCUUCCAUAUCUCUCUGCUAAAGUGAAAAAAGAAGCGCUCUCAGAAUUGUUAAAGCUCGUGACAUCCCGGUUCUCAACUCUAACAAGGCAUAUCUUUGAUGUCAUUAAGUCAAUGUUUGAAAGUAUUGAUGGAGAUGGUUUUACGCCAGAGGUGGACAAACUUGUAAAUUUACUUGCAUCAUAUGUAUCUCGACGACAGAAUCCCUCGGACACAAUUUUGUCCGCAGCAUAUUUGCUAAAAAUUUCCAUGAAAAAUCUUCAUUUUAAGGAAUCAAUCACAUGGAACAGCCAUCUUUUACUGGUAGUCCGCUCUCUAGGAGGCUUGCUGACUUCUGAGGUCCCCACUGCAUCACAUGCUUCAGAUUAUUUAAAAGAGCUGAUUAAUCUUCAUAUUGAUGUAAGAAAUAUAUUGAUCAGUGAAAGUCAGUUGAUUGAGACGGAAGAUUUAUCUAAAAUGGAUUCAGUUGUGAAAUCCAUAUGCGCUGUAAUCGGGAAUUUGCUUAGUGCUUCUGAUGAAGUCCCUAAUCAGCAUAUUUUGGCAGUCAUAUCUGUUUUGUACCUAAAACUUGGUGAUGUCUCACAUUUGUACAUGAAGGAUAUUACAUGCAGACUGGCAAAUUUUAUGAGAAGUGCCGGUGACACUGAGAAGCUUCAGGAGUGUAUCGGGGCUGCUGUUAUUGCUAUGGGGCCAGAGGAACUACUUGAACUGUUACCUAUAUCUCUUAAUGCUGAAGAUUUCACAUGUUCAAACAUAUGGUUAAUACCUAUAUUAAAGAAAUUUAUUACUGGAGCGUCACUAGGGUUCUUUGUAGAGCACGUUGUGCCUUUGGCAGAAUCCUUUUCUAGAGCUUCUCAUAAAGUUAAAAAGUCAACAUUCAAGAAAGAUCUGCAGGCUCAGGCUCAUGAUGUAUGGGGAUUGUUACCUGCCUUCUGUCGCUAUCCUGUUAACAUGCACAAGAAUAUCAAAUCUUUGGUGAAGUUAUUAAUUCCUUUCGUUAAGGAGGACUCGUUUAUGAUUGAAAACAUUGCCAUAUCAUUGCAGGAGCUCGUGAACCAAAACAGAGGUGUAGUGCUUGGUUUGGACAAGGGACCUGGUGAAUCUGAAAAACAUCGGGUGAUGGACGGAGCAAUAAGCUUUGUGCAACAGCCCUCUUAUACCAAAAAAACAGCUGAAAGAAAUCUUAAGGCGCUGACAUCAUGCUCUGAGAAGUUGCUACGAGCCUUAACAGAUGCUUUGUUUACUGUACCUCAGGACAAGCAUACACAUUUAAAGGAAGCAAUUGGAAGUUUGGCAUCUAUUGCUGAUUCUUCGAGUACAGAGAAGAUCUUCAGUUCAUUGCUCGAGAAGUUACCGCUUGCAGAUGUCUCUGGUGAUUGUGGGGAACUGAUUUCUAGUGGAGAUGAUUCUGCUAAUAAAGAAGAAAACAUUUCAAAAUAUGCGGAUAUAGAUGCGAAUAGGUGUAUUAUGCUGGAGGUAGCCUACGCUAUUGCUGAAGGCGCUAAUAAGGAUAUAGUUGAACAAAUAUUUAAUUUGGUCAAACAAACUUUUCAGGAAGCUAAUGAGAUUGGUCACUCUGAAGCAUACCUCACCUUGAACAAAAUCUUAGAGAAACAUUCAUGGUUUUGCUCUUCUAGGUUCAAUGAGCUGAUGGAGCUGUUGGUUGGUCUUAAAUUACCAGUAGAUCUAAUAUCACUUAAACGUCGUUUUUCUUGUUUCCAGACCUUGUUGAUUUAUGCAAUAAAGACAUUGGAUGACGAGGACAAACAUACUUUUAUUAUACUGAAUGAGAUUAUACUCACAUUGAAAAAUUCGGAUGAAGUUAUUAGAAAAGCUGCUUAUGAUAUCCUCCUUAGUGUGGGCUCUGACUUGCAAGGCUUGUCGUCUUCGACCUCAGAUGGACCUUACUACAAGCUCAUCAAUAUGAUCAUGGGUUAUCUCUCUGGUUCCUCUCCUCACAUAAGAAGCGGAGCAGUUUCUGCUCUAUCUGUACUUGUACAUAAUGAUGCGAACCUCUGUCUGUCGGUUCCUGAUCUGUUGCCAUCUGUACUAGAGUUGAUGCAUAGUAAAGCUAUUGAAGUCAUUAAAGCUGUUUUGGGCUUUGUGAAAGUAUUAGUGUUGACUAUUCAAGUAAAGGACCUGCAGACAUAUCUCGCUGACAUUGUGAAUAAAGUGCUCCCAUGGUCAUCUGUAUCACGGCAUCAUUUUAGAUCAAAAGUUACUGUAAUCCUGGAGAUUAUGAUGCGGAAGUGUGGUUCUGCUGCAGUCAAAUUACUUGUCCCUGAUAAAUACAAAACUUAUUUUAAAGAAGUUCUGGAGAAUCGUCGUGGCAAGACAAGAGAAAGUAACAACACUGAGAUUGAACCUAAACCUUCAGAAUCAUCUUUUAUAGGGCAGCAAAAGAGGAAACGGAGUGAUUCAGAUAAUGCAUCCAAGAUAGAACAUUUUGCGGAACUUAGAAGACAGAAAAGAGAACGUAAAUUGAAAGGCAAUGCCAAUAACACAGAUGAACAACGUGCACAUUAUGGUAGUAGUGGGGGCACUGCUCCAUUAAGUGGAAAAAGGAAGAUCGAGAGGAAAAAUGCCAACAUGAGAAGCGAAGCACAACGCCACAGUUCUGCAGGGGCCAAAAAUUCAUCGAAGCUCAGAAAACCAAGUAGCAAAAGGCAAAAAAGAUAGUAAACGAGACACCAAAGAUAGUAGAUGUUCUUGAUCAAUAGGGGGAAUGAUAAUUUGAGCCUAUUCAGUAGAGAUGGAGACUUAACCUGCGUAGAGUAUGCCCUCUAUUUCAUGGUAAUUAUACGGAGGUUCAGUUUCUACUAGAGUUGUAAUUUUGUCAAGUUAGCUAUUAGCAUUCUUACCUGUCUGAAGAAGCAAUAUCGGCUGCUGGUGAUAUUUCCUAUAGGCUAUACUCUAGAUUGUAAUUUAUAUUUAGAAUAUGCGUGAUGUAAGAUACGGUGAAGAUCAUACUUCAUACCCUAUAUUUUUGUAAUUUUAAUGAAAUUUUUGCUGUUAAUAUUA